AUGCAUCUUAAUUCGCUCCUUGUAUCCUCCCUCUUCGCUGCUUCAGCCCUAGCGGCACCAAGCGCUUCAACAAAGAAAGCCUGUGAAGAGAUCUCAAAAGCCAUUCCGGGUCGCGUCUCACAGCCUUUUACCAUCAACUACAACAGUCAAUCUUCGGGGUACUGGUCCACGGCUUUGCGGGAGAUUAAGCCCGCUUGUGUCGUCACUGCCAAGUCAGCUGAAGAUGUUUCCAAGGCUGUUACGAUCUUAAACAAGUAUCCCGAUGUCAAGUUCGCUGCUAAGAGUGGUGGACAUGACCCUAACCCUACUCACGCUACUGCUGGUGAUGGAGUUCUAAUUUCGUUGAAUGAGAUGAUUGGCGCUACUUAUGAUGCUAAUAAGAAGGUUGCGUAUGUCAAGCCAGGUGGAGAGUGGAAUGAUGUUAUUUCGCAGCUCAACGAGGAUGGUGUUGCUAUCGUUGGAGGUCGCCUCGGACUGGUUGGUGUUGGAGGUCUGCUUACACAGGGUGGCAUCUCAUUUCUGAGCGCUCAAUAUGGCUUGGCUGCUGAUAACGUUGUCUCCUGGGAGAUGGUUAACUGGAACGGCACAAUUAUCAACGUCGACGCCAAGACUCAGCCCGAACUUGCCGUCGCCUUGAGAGGAAGUGGAAGCCAGUUUGGCAUCGUCACUCAAUUCACCGUCAAAGCCUAUCCCAUUGGAAAGGUCUGGGGCGGUAUUCGCACCUACGAUGAGUCCAAGACAGAUGAGCUCUAUGAGGCGAUGCACGAGUUCAUCCCAUACAGCAACGAGGAUCCCAAGGCCGCUAUCAUUGUUACCAGUCUCGUUCUCACUGGAAGCAGCAGAAUCAACCUUUUGUUCUACUUCUAUCAAGGCGAGAAACCUCCUACCACUGGAGCCUUUGCCGAUUUGUUGAAGAUUAAGUCGACGCUUUCUACUACCAAGACACAAUCGUAUCCUGAUCUACUCAAGUCCAACGGCGCCGGAGUUUCACUGUUGAACUCGAGAAUCUCAUUCAGAACCGCUACAAUUCCCUACUUCCCCAAGGAUUCAACCGUAUACGCCGAAAUCGCCGACAAGUUCGUCGACAUCACAAGCACCUACUUGAAAAACCUCCGCGGUCUCGCCUCCCAAUGCUCCGUCGACUUCCAACCCCUCCCCUCCGCAAUCGGCAAACACACCGAAGAACGUGGCGGAAACGCCAUCGGCUUCACCGCUAGCGACCCUAACCGCGUUCUUCUCGAGAUCCAGUGCGCGUGGGUUGAGAAGCGCUACGACGAUACUGUUCGUCAGUUCUCCAAGGAUUUGACUGCUUAUAUUGAAGAUAAGCUUCCUGAGUGGAUCGAGAGGAAUGGAGGCGAUGUGGAUGAGUAUCUCCCUUUGUUUAUGAAUGACGCUAUGUAUGAUCAGAAUGUCACGGGUACUUAUAAAGAUUAUGCCAAGUUUAAGGCGUUGCAGCGCGAGGCUGAUCCGGAAGGUGUUUUGAGAGAGAGGAUGGGUGGCUUUAAGUAUUAG